AUGACGAGAAAAAUGAGCCACCGGAGGCAGGGGAGUAUCGACCUUUUGGAAACCAUCGGAGUUGUAAAUGAGAAUGGCUUUGAAAACCCAUCUAUGCCACCAGUGCAUCCUCCUCUGACGUUCGAUUAUGUUCUUGUGGCGAAAAUCUCAGAUGAUGAGAACAGCCACUUGGUCAGAAAACAGAAAGCUUUCAUUGAAACUUUAAAGAAGAAAUUAAAUGUAUAUAAAUUUAGAGAUGAUGAUGAUGAUAAGGUGUUUUAUUGCAUCCGAGCACCAGAAAAGAUUUUUGAGACAUACCGGUAUCUCUUGAAAGUGUCUGACGCCUGUAACUGGAGUUGUGAGCAGCAGGGUACUAUACCUCAGUCAACCAGGAUUCGUGUUGUUGAUUUCAUUCUGCAUCACACACACAUUGAUUCAGAGGGGGGUGUUUCAGAAUAUCUCCCAGAUCUCAUGAAAAAAAAUGUUUUUGAGACUCACUUUUGUUUGCAUGAGAAAAGGGAGCAGAAAGAACUGAAGCAGAGCUGGGCUCGAUGGUCUGCUUGUUUCAAAGGGCAACCCAUCACUAACGUCAGAAACUACCUUGGUGAGAAGGUGGCUCUGUAUUUCCUAUGGCUGGGCUGGUACACAUUUCUCUUGAUUCCUGCUUCUGUAAUUGGUCUCGUAGUGUUCCUGUAUGGCCUGGCCUUUUACAGCACAAGUCCUCUCAUAAAUGAGGUGUGCCAGUCGAACGUGAUUAUGUGCCCUCUGUGUGAUAAUACAUGCAGGGUAUGGGAGCUUUCUGACACUUGCAUGUAUGCAAAGUUUGACUGGUGUGAAGAAGAGGAGGAGUUGAUUCUGGAGAUUGUAAAUAAUGCAGACUGUGAACCCAAGAUGCACAGGCACUCUUAUCUACGCUCCACUAUGGUACUAGUUUUAGUCACACUCAUGUUGCUGGUCAUCAUUGGUUUGACUCAUGUCCUGGUUGUGUGCCGAGUGAUCGCUACUGUGUUGCUGGCCGAAAACAGUUCUUGGCAAGUCAUUACUGAGAAUUCGCAAACAGUUGCCGUGAUGCUUGGAGCCGUGCUUCACUACAUCACCAUCACCGUCAUGACUCGGGUCAAUUGUACAGUAGCCAUGAAGCUGAGUGAAAUAGAGAAUAAGCACUCCCAUGCUGCCAUUGAAAGGAGUUUCACAGUCAAGAUGUUCAUAUUCCAGUUCUUUACCAUGUUCUCCUCUCUCAUAUACACAGCUUUCUUUCUGGGAAGGAUCAAUGGUCACCCUGGAGGUUAUGUGAGGAUAUCUGGCAAAUGGAGACUGGAGGAGUGUCACCCAAGUGGCUGUCUCACAGAUUUGUUCAUUCAGAUGUCUAUUAUCAUGGUACUUAAACAGACCUUCAACAAUAUCUUUGAAUAUUCUGGUCCCUGGUUUAGUCGGUGGUUGAAGAGGAAAAAGGCCCAGAAGUUUAAGAGAAGGUGUGUCAAAUGCUUUAAGAAGGAGGAUAUGAAUACCAAGGAAGGAUCCAAACUCUGUGAGAACUGCAAACUCAAAGACCUCCACAGAAACUACAGCCUGAUUAAAACGGAUCGCUUCAGCCUCUUUAAUGAGUUCUUGGAAAUGGUGAUCCAGUUCAGUUUUACUACUAUCUUUGUAGCUGCAUUUCCUUUGGCUCCUUUGUUGGCUCUUCUAAACAACAUCAUUGAGAUCCGAUUGGAUGCCAUUAAGAUGGUCAGCCUUGAGCGCAGACUAGUGCCAACGAAGGCCAAUGAUAUUGGUGUUUGGACGGAUGUGCUCGAGGCGAUUGGUGUGCUUGCAGUCAUUGCUAAUGGACUGGUCAUUGGUAUAUCCUCUGAUUUCAUUCCACGACUGGUUUACCAGUACUUCUAUGGGCCUUGUGCCAGCGGCAGUGCUACUGGCAUUAAUUGUAUGGUUGGAUACAUAAACAACACUCUGUCCGUUGCUAAUAUAAGCGAUGGGAGAGUCAGGGGAGAUUUCACAAAUAGUCAAAUGGUCACUUACAGUGGCAUAAAUGUGACACACUGCAGCUACAGGGACUACAGAAGUAAUGAAGACUUUAGUUUAACUAAUCAGUAUUGGGUCAUUCUGGCAGCGCGAUUAGUCUUCAUCAUUCUGUUUGAGCAUGUAGUGGUGAUCUGUAAGUGUGUAGCAAGCUGGUUUGUCCCUAACUCACCCCUGGAUGUGAGAAAUGAAAGACUGUAUGAUAAACUCAGGAGACUUAAGGAAGAACUGAGUGUUCAAAGAGCACAACAGGACCCUUUGACCAAACUAAAUGAGAAUGGUAAUGCAAAAAGAACAUCUAAACAGAAAAAAGCAAAUAAGCUAAAUAGUAUGUGA